AUGGGCGUGAUUUGGGAGAGCUCGAUUUCGAAGUCCACGCGUAUGCGCAACGGUGCGAGCGAGCGGGCGUGGCCGCAGCCGUCCGGCGACCCCGGGUCGGCGGCCCCGGCCACCCUUGCGCGGUUGGGUGUGCGAGCUGCGGGGGCUGCGGACGUGGCGCCCCCGUCCACCCCGGAGCGGCAUCAGGGGCCUGCGCUGGCGGCGCCGCGGGAGCGCACGGGCGUGGCGGUCCCGGCUGGCCUGGCGCAGGGGGGAGGCGGGGUACGGGCGCGGCGGCUCCGGCCGCAGGCAGCGCGCGGAGGCAGCAGCGUUUUGGGCCUCCCGCUGCGCCGCCACGUCGGGAGAGAGGGAGUGAGAGGAAGGGGCGCGAGGGCGGCAACAGCAGCGGGGGCAGGCGGCGCGAGGCCGUGGCGAGCUCGGGGCGAGGACGUUGGAUUUGGGCCGGAGGAAGGGGCGGUGCCGGAGGAGGAGAGGCCGCGCCGCUGCGGGAGGAGAAGGUAUUGUGUUGAAGUAAGUAACGCAACAAUUGAAGAAAGAAGUUUGUCAGUUACCUUGCCUCAUCUGUUUCAGGCAAUGCUUUGA